UUCUAUUUUCUGACGAAUCAUCCCAACAACUCUGAACUAGUGAAAUACUGGGAAUGCCUUAGGACCAUGGAUGUUUCUGUAAAAUUUAUGCUCUUCUACCUUUGGAUAUUUAACCACAGUUGUGACCAGUCAUCCUUAUAAACACAAUGCUCAUUUUAACCUUCCUCUUGUGUUAGCUUUCUGGUAUCAUUUCUUAUGUUAACGGGUUGGUUUUGACCCAUGUAUUAAAUCAGCUAUAAAAUACACUAAAAACAAUAAUUUACCAUCAAAUUUGCUUCUCAUCUCUUGGUUACCUUCUUAGGCUUCCUUGUCCAUGAAAAUGUUGGUUUUAAUACUUUUGUUGUGGGCACUUUUGUUGUUUUUUUGUCACUAUACCCCUCAGUUUCAAUUUUCCAAAAAUGGUCAAAUGAACCUCAAAAGAAUCAUAUUAAUAAAUUGAAGGUUCCUUUGUUACCUGGCUAUUACUGAGGGCUAUAGAACGUAUCUUUUAAAUCAAUUAGUUUGAUUUAUUUUCUCAUUUUAGUAUUAAUCACUAAAGAAACAUCUAUGGUGUUGGGGUCAAUUUUGAGCCAUAUAUAUUAAUAAUAAUAAUAAUAAUAAUAAUAAUUCAUUUUAUUUGUAUAGCGCUUUUCAAGAUACUCAAAGACACUUUACAGAAAAAUGAAGUUGAAUAAAGCAAGUAAACACACCAAAAUACAGCAUUAAUUCGUUAAUACACAGUUAAAAGAUGAGUAAAAGCGGGGCGGGGCACAGCAGUCAGAUAUAAAAAGUUAAACAUUAAAAACAGAUGUCAAAAAAAUGUAGAAAAAGUUAUUGUUUUCAGCAACAGAACUUUAGUAUAAACUGAAAUAUUUUUCAACUGAAUACUUAUAACUGAAAACUUUUUGCUAUAAACUUUAUAGUCAUAUUAUUAUAACCGGGUCGAAACCGACCCUAACAAUACAGUGGUCAUAAUUUCAACCAGACCAUUUUAAAAUGUAGUAAAAAUAUAUUUGUUUGGUUUUAUUUUGUUGAAAUAGAGUUUCCUGACAAAGUCAAAAGGCCUUGAUGCAAUAAACAAAUGUUAUGUGAUUUGUUUUAAUGCAUUCAAAUGUAAAACAGGUCAGUGCCGACCCUAACACAAGAGGAGGGUUAACUCUUAUUGUGUGUGCUUAGGAAGAACAGAUGAUUUUCCUGGCAUGAUACCGGUGGGCUGGAGGUGGUAUGAGACUGAAAGAGGAUCCAUGAAGAAUGAGAGAGGCUGCAUGCACGUUGGCAUUUAUCAAACAGCUCUGGCAUGUCACUCUGCCUGACAGCACAGGACACACACAUAGACUGAGGACAAACUGGGGGCUACUCAUCUCAGCAGGAUACACAGGAGACAGUGGCGUGUACAGGUACUAAGGCAAGGUUGUAAUCAAGUGAACAUCAGACAGGCCACAGUGGAAUAACGGCGUCCAUGAGCUUGGACAAAAUGAAUCAACAGGAGUGUGAGAAAGAGCAGCAGAAGCAGAUCUCUGAGACAAAAACCAAAUACACCAUCAUAUAAUGCAACAACCUGACUAAACGGAGAUGAUGGAAAGACAUAACGGAAAUAUGCAUCCCUUUAAAGCAGGCAAGCCUCCGUACUCAGUGGAAACCCCGUAUGGUUUUCGUCUCGACUUGGACUUCCUGAAGUAUGUAGACGAUAUCGAGAAAGGGAACACCAUAAAAAGAGUCUUCAUCCAGCGUCGAAGCAAAGGCCCUCGGGCGAACACUCUUCCUCGGCAUCUUCACCCCUCUGGCUACCGUCCAAGCCCUUGGGGGUCGACCGGAGCUCUUGGCCCCAGGUCUCGACUUCCUGAUGACCACCAUCAUGCCGCUUCCUGGUUGCGUGAUUACAGGAAGCCUGUUUCUCCGAGAGGUUUAGCAGAAAUGGAGGCCAAAAUCCGAGAUUUUGAUGAACAACCUUUGGGUGAGCACAUCCGCCCUCAUCUUCUCCGAGCGUCCAGUCUGCCACUCACGGUGUUGCUGAGACAAGGAUCGGAAUCAACGGAAGAACCAGGGAGUCUCCGGAGUUCCAGGGAUCACCUCGGAGGCAGGAACAGUUCUUGUGAGGACAUCUUUGACUCCUCAGACAUCCCUCAGGAUUGCUCAAGCCUGUGGAGGCGCCUGACGGAGGCUCUAGACCACGUGGAGGAGCUGGAGAAGGAGGUUCAGGUCAUUCCAGACCUUCGGGCUCAGAUCUGUCUUCUCCAGGAGGAAAAAGACAAACUACGCUCACAUAUUCACACCCAAUCCUUGAAUGGAACCGCCGCCCACUACGUCGCUGCAGACAAGAAAAGACCACGGCAUGGACGUUGCAUCAUGCUUGCCGGUAAUCACGGCAGCGUUCAAGAACCUCAUCCGACACACGAGUGGAGAGCGAGCACGGACCUGGAUGAGCUGCUGACGGUGACGUCCCUCCAAGCCAAAGUAGCGGUGCUGGAACAGAAGCUUCACGAGACCGAGCUGGAACUUCAGAGGGUGACAGGGAGGCUGAGACAUCAGCAGAAGGAGGGGAGAAACCAAGAGGAACAGAUUGAACACCUUAUCGCAAACCCCGGGGUGUGGGUUCGUGCAGAGAAGGUGCUGGUAGACCAGGAGGGGGAAGAGAUGAGCGUUAUCACAAAUGGAGAAACCUCUAAGCACGAAGAUGAUGUCCUUGAUUCCCCUGAACGCAAUCAGCUACCGACACGUUCUUCCGCUGACACUUUAGACACAUCAGUGGUCAUCCACCACAUCCACAAGAUCAAGCAGCUCCUGGAUCAGCAGUGGGAAUGUUUGAGCGCAGCAGAGGAAGAGAAACCUGCAGAGCAGAUUAGCCCGAGAGUUAUCUCCGUGCAGCAGGAAAUGAUGGAACUCAUCGACAUCCUUACCUCUCACUACACACAGUCUGGACACAACUGUGGAAGUGGGAUUCAACACUCAGGCGAGGAAUGUGGCAUGAAAACAGAUGGCGGUACUCCAGAUGUUGCUCAUGAAAGAUGCCAAAUAAGAUCUUCCGGUGACAAUCCACUGGGGCAAAGUUCCGUGCAGCACGUUGCCCUUGGUGGUUUGCAGCAGGAGGAGAGCAGCAUCAGGAAGCCUUGGGAAAUGGCUGCUACCCAGGUGGACGCAGACCCGGAAAAGAGGGAAAUGAGCCGAGACAAGCAGAUGAUAUCGCAAGGAAUUGGAUCGGGGUGGACAGAUGGAGGGACGGCAUCUGUCGAAGCGGUGGAAAUGGCCAAGAUGAAACCGUUGGCCCCCGGAGAACAGAUGGAGGGGGACCCUGGCUCCAUAACAACCACAGGCAGUGAGACGGUCAAUGCGGAUUUUAUGGCUGCCUGUCACUUCCUCAAUGAUCACAUGGACAACAUCGAGAACCCCACCCAUGACACGAGGAAGGCCCUGGUUGUGGUCUUCCAGGACUGGUUCAGCGCAGCAGCAGAGGAGAGUUCAUUGGCCAGCAGGGUGGCCGUGUACUUGAGGGAGGUAAAGACGACAACACCGUCACUAACGGCCUUCAUCAUCAACCUGGCUGAUGAUAACGGCAACACAGUUCUACAUUACAGUGUUUCCCACAGCCACUACAGCAUCGUCAGUCUACUGCUGGACACAGGAGUGAGUGAUGUUAACUUCCAGAAUAAAGCGGGUUACACGGCGGCGAUGCUGGCGUCUUUGACAACGCCUGACAACCCUGGUGACAUGGAGGUGGUCCGUAGGCUCAUGGAGCUUGGUGACAUUAACAUCCGUUCCAGCCAGACGGGCCACACGGCUUUACACUUGGCUGUGAGACACGGGCGAGUUGUGAUGGUUCGUUUGCUACUGAGCUGUGGAGCAGACGCCGACAUCCAGGAUGGUCAAGGAACCACAGCACUCAUGUUUGCAUCCGAGAGGGGACACACGCACAUCGCAAGGUUGCUACUGGAGAGGACUCAGUGUGAUCUUAGCCUGGCAGAUCAGAGUGGUCGUACUGCGCUCAGCAUCGCCAUGCACGGCUCCCACAGCGACACAGCCGCCCUGCUGCAGGCCCACGCCAAGGCCCGGGCUUUGUAGUCAGUCAGUGGAUAAAAGACACACCAGCAUGAUGCUUGCAGACGCAUCUUCAUCUUUGACCACUUGACUCUUGACUUUGAGGCCUUUUUGCUCAGUUUGCAUUUGCUAGAGUCGCAAGUAUUAUUUUGACCUUCAAGCAUUUUUUUGUGUGUUGUUGUUGUUGUAUUUUCUCAGCUGCUGGACAAUUUAUAAAUAUAAAUAUAAUGCAUUCAAACUCA